AUAGGCAUAGAUGAGUGUAACCAGCCUCAGAUUUCAGUAGAGGAAGAAAGCAGAGACGUCACAUGGAAAGAUGAGCAACCAGCAGUAGCUGCUUCACCACUAAUCACACAACAUUAACAUAACUAGCUGGUACAAGCUAACAUAGCUUGCUACAUAAUUCGCCGUUGAUACCAUACAUUCGGAAUUACAGAUCUGCAAGAAACAAACGCAAGAUUCAUAGACGGCGCAAAACGGGAAACAACGUUACGGUCACACACAGUUACUGUGGCCUCUUCUUGCAUCCAACUGGCAGGCUAUUUUGGCUACCGAAAGCCAACGAUAGCAAACUCUGCCUUGGCUAGCGUCAGGCUAGCCAGCCAGCUAGCUAGCUAGCUACUAACAUCGCUAACGGUGGUUAGCUAGCUAGCGAGCUGUAGUAACUUGCGUCAUGGAUGAACUAGUCGUGGAAGUGAGAGGAACAAGUGGGGCCUUUUACAAGGCCUUUGUGAAAGAUGUUCACGAAGGAUCGGUGACCGUGGCGUUUGAAAACAAUUGGCAGCCAGAGCGUCAGAUCCCGUUCCAGGAUGUGCGUUUUCCUCCUCCAACAGGGUCCUGCAAGGAGAUCAAUGAGAGCGAUGAAGUCGAGGUAUAUUCCAGGGCUAAUGACAAGGAGCCAUGUGGAUGGUGGCUGGCCAAGGUUCGCAUGGUCAAAGGAGAGUUUUACGUAAUAGAGUAUGCUGCAUGCGACGCUACGUUAAACGAGAUAGUGACGCUGGAGCGGCUACGGCCGGUCAACCCGAAUAAACCAGCCACCAAAAGCACCUUCAUCAAGAUCAGACUGGAUGUGCCUGAGGAUCUACGGCAGAUGUGCUCCAAGGAAUCAGCACACAAAGACUUUAAAAAGGCUGUCGGAGCAUUCAGUGUCAGCUAUGACUCAGAGAAAAAGCAGCUCGUCAUUUUGUCUGUGAAUGAGGUCACAACAAAGCGGGCCAAUAUGAUGAGUGACAUGCACUUCAGGAGCCUCCGCACCAAACUGUCUCUCAUGCAGAGGAACGAAGAGGCCAGCAGACAACUGGAGAGUUCCAGGCAGCUGGCAUCACGGUUUCAUGAACAGUUUGCUGUUCGGGAUGAUCUAAUGGGUCUGGCCAUCGGGACCCACGGGGCCAACAUUCAGCAAGCACGUAAAGUCCCUGGAGUCACUAACAUAGACCUGGAUGAGGAGACAUGCACCUUUCACAUAUAUGGAGAGGACCAGGAUGCUGUACGCAUUGCCAGGAGUUUCCUGGAAUUCUCUGAAGAUAUCAUAAAAGUUCCACGGAACUUAGUAGGGAAGGUGAUUGGCAAAAACGGCAAACUGAUCCAGGAAGUGGUUGAUAAGUCUGGAGUGGUGCGGGUUCGUAUUGAGCCUGAGAAUGACAAAAAGCCCUCGGCAGCAGCGGCAGCAGCAGCAGACGAGGGAAUGGUGCCAUUUGUAUUUGUUGGGACCAAGGAAAGCAUCUCCAAUGCCACAGUACUGCUGGACUACCACCUCAACUAUCUUAAGGAGGUGGAUCAGCUUCGUCUGGAGCGUCUUCAGAUUGACGAGCAGCUGAGACAAAUAGGAGGGGGAGGCGGCGGAGGAGGGACGGGGCCUCGGAACCUCAAAGACAAAACCUACGUGUUCGAUAACGGCAUGGGGUUGGGGAUGGGGAGAGGAGCAGCAGGAGGAGGUGGAGGGAAGCCCUACGCAGGAGGGGGAGGACGAGGGGGCAGAGGGCGAAGAGGAGGAGGUGCAGCUUUCGCCUCAGGCACCAACUCAGAGGCAUCCAACGCUUCAGAGACAGAGUCAGACCACAAAGACGAGCUCAGCGAUUGGUCGCUGGCCCCCACUGAGGAACAGAUGACAGGAGGUGGGACCCUGCCUAGACGGACAGAUGGGAGAAAGAGAGCAGGCGGAGGAGGGCCCCGGGGACGAGGAGGGCGAGGGAGAGGAGGGGGAGGGUAUAAAGGUGAAGACAUGCAGUGGAGUGAGCCAAGACCUCGUCAUGUGAGAGAUCCCAAGACAAGAGCGCAGGAAGACACUCUACAGAUCCGUGUGGACAGUAACAAUGAGCGUAGCGUGCAGCACUCCUCAGGGGGGCGAGGAGGAGGAGGGCCUUCCUCAUCCCAGGGUGGCAUCAGUGACGGCCUGUCUCGCCAACACCAUCAGAGACCCAUCAGAGACCGAGGGAUGAAGAAGGACAAACAGGACGCUCCUCCGCUGGUGAACGGAGUGUCGUAGAUGCACCACUGGAGGACCUUCUCACUUACACACACACACGCACACACACACACACGCACACACAUGCGCACACACAUGCAGGCAACUCGUCAUAAACAAUGGUAGAGUCUCUCUCACUUUUUCUUUCUCUGUCUUUGUCAAACACAUGAAUACACAUAUUUCAUCAGCAUGGAAGAGUUUACCGUAGUCGUAGACCAGAGGAGAUCUGUUAACUGCUGGUCUGUUCUGUUGAGGUCUUUGAGUGUACUGGUCUGGUUUGUUGACUGGUCCGGUAUCACAUGCUCUCCUCUGGAGUGACAAAUAAAAUAAACAGCACUUUUUGGACAAAAGGAAAAAAAGAGGAGAGAUUUGACUAACGCUCAUCUCUCCCUGAGGCAUUAACCCCAAACUCGCUCCCCCACCGCUCCAAGACUUGGUUUUUAUUUUUUUUAUUUGUUUUUCAAUCUACUAAACUGGAUGAUUGAAUUUACUUGCCACUGCCCUGUUCGGACUUUCUCACAUCAGAAAAUAGAAAUGAGUGGAAGCAAAUCAAGGAAAUAAUUGGUUGACAAGGAAACAGUGGUUUACAACCUCUCAGAGGGCAGGAUGAAAUUUGUGUUCUUUCCCUCCUCCUGCUGCUGCACACUUCAGAGGUGUUUUUACGGCAGAUGUUUAUUGUAGAGAUGAUCUUGCAACACACAGUUUUAGGAGGUGGCUUCAGUGUUACCCACAGGUUGAGAAUUCCUUUUUCGGUGGUCUAAGGCCCCAAAAUCCAACUCUUGGAAGUCAGCUACAACAAAGCAUUGCAUUUAUAAUAUAAACUAUACUGAGUAUUAAAUGUAUUAUAUAAAUUCCAAACCGUUUUUCAGGAGCGGUAGAUGUCUUUUGGUAUCACCAAAAGAAGGCACUUUUUUCUGGGGGGGGGGGUAUUUGAGCCCUGAUCACCAUGACAACACUUAAGCAAACCUGCCUUUGGGAUCAGCAAAUGUUUCAGGAUGAAAUGUGAACAGCUACGGGCAAAGAAGUUACCAAUGCAUACUUAUCGCAUCAUCAGAGUCAUCUGUGUUUUGUUUCCCGUUGUAAAAUUCCUUCAGACUAAGCAUGAAUUCAGCAAUGGAGACAAAUAAAUCUGAGGCACUCGGAUGCAAAUAAACUGCAAAUACAAAAGCCUUUACUGAAGCAAAGAUCCCGACUCCCAAGAGUCUUCAGCAGGGCACAAAAUGUCACAUGACUUGGCCAAGAGUGACUGGGGAUUCACAUUAAAAGUGAGAUGUGAGCAACACUACCGAAAUGCAGUUUGGUCCAUUCAAUCCAUAUCUUGCUCACACUAUCUCAAUCUCUCAGCCAUCUGUCAGCAGCAGCUCCUGACUGAUCUCAGACAUUUUUAUUUAUAUCUUUUUAUUUAUCAAUUCAUUGAUUUUUAUUUCCCCACACAAGCUCACGGUGAAACUGGGAGUGUAGAUCAGUCAUUACAAAUACCAUUAAUAAGUUUAAAACAUAUAAACAGCAGAAGAAAACAGGUGUCUGGAUAUUACGCUUCACAAAACACUAGAGGUGUUACGUGGGUUCUAUGUAGAUUGGCCACUUAAAGAUCUCUCACAAAAAACCUACACACACAUUACCUACUGUAAAUCGCAAUACAAAAAAAUGAUCAGCCCUAAAAAGACUAAAAAUAAAUGAUCAUAAAUUUAAAAUCCUGUCUAUUGACAAUAACAUGCAGUCAUUAUAAAAUAAACAGUGACUAAAGCCUUUACUACAGUCAUGAAUAAAAGCUUUGUGAUACAGAGAAUCCAUCCUGUCUGGAUACAUUCAUGGCAACAUGUCUGCUGUGGUCCAGCAAGCACCGGUCGUCCUCUUCUUCCAAUACAUAAUGUCACUGGUAAAGACUUGUCAACAUGAAUCAACAUCCUCUACCAGACUGAUGAGAGCUUUGGCAUCCUCAACAGAGGGGUAUUUCACAAAGAGGGCUUAGGCUGGAAGCUAGACUUAGUUUGGCUAGUUUCACUUGCUUACAGUAACACCAGUUCAAGUAGUACAGCAACGUUUGCUUUCACACAAACGUGCAGGUUGCACGAUUGAAGGCGGAAACAUCAUGAACUCCUGUCGCCUGAUCACUUGAGCUUUUCUUUAAUCUAUGAAAACCAUUGUAUUUAACCUUUUUGUAUUGCAGUUAGAAAAGUAUUUUUAAGUUUUAAUGUAGAAUAAACGACAUUUGAGUUGGGUUAUACCUGGACAAAAUAAAAUAAGGUGUAAGUUGGUAUACAUUUUAUUCUUCCUGGUUUUCCAACUUAUUCUGGGCCUGCUUCUCUUAACAUUUUGUGUAUUAAUAAAAUUUUAUUAUUUUCUGUUGGCUACGUUCUGUAAAUGGUAGGGCAGAGAGGGGAGUCUGACUUCUAACCUUAAUCCUGACAGAUUUACUUUCCAUUUCACCAAAUUGUAAUAUUGAAUCUUGUAAUCAUGAAACAAUAUCAGGUCUUGUUCCGUGACCAUGAACGGUGCAUUGCAAUUUUUGUGCAUCCCUAUGCAACAGUGCAUUGCUCGGCUUGUUGCGUUGAAAUUGCGGUACUGUGGAUGUCACCUGACUAAGUUGAAAUAAAGCUGUAGUGAAACCGCUCUAAGAGCAGAAAGUCAGGUUUAAUGAAAUGUAAGUUUUCCUCAGCUUCUUUGUGAAAUCCCCUCUGGGUUAAGUCUGUCAAUCUUCUGCCCUUCCUCAGUCACAAUUGGGCAUUCCCUCCCUGCAUCUUUGUGCCUUGGAUUUAUGUUUCGCCAUUUCUGUGAGUUUGGCCCAUUCUUAAAAGCACCUCUGAAUAGAUCAAAGCUUAUUACACAUUCUGUUUAAACUCAGUGUAACACCCCCCUUUUUUUUCAGACAUGGGUGUUUCUUGCUCGCUGAUUAUGUGACCCCAUAUGCAUUUGUUUGAAUUCCUUUGGGGUGGCACAACGGUGUAAGAUGAUUUCUACAAUUUGUGGUACUUAAUUUAGUCCCAGAACAGGUCCAGUUUUCUGUCUUUACUCUAAAUGUAUGUGCCUCGUGUUAGAGCUCUGUGAGACACAGACUUAAAGAGGAGUAGACAGUCAUGUGAUUAAAUAGCCGGCAGUGAUUUGUCUAACCAAUGCAGAGUUCAGACAUCAAAGGAACGUCAGACAAAACAAAAAAUGUGUUGACAUCAAGCUCUCAUCUUGAGGUGUUCCAACCUGCUGUUCAGACGCCUCAGAGAGUCGCUGACUUCAUGAAUCUUCUGCAUGGAAAUAUCUUCAGUGGCAUUAUCAUCAAAAUCAAAAGAAUACAAUUUAGUUGGCGUAAAGUAAAGGCCUUUAAAAGACCAUGGACAUCCUCAGUUAUCCCAAAUUGUAUCCUAAAUUCAAACUGACUACACUAGCCCAUCUGACUGCAGAUGGGCUAGUGUAGAAAGUAGUUCUGGAUUUGUGAUUGAGGGGAGAUUGAUAAUAGCAUUAGUUUGAAUAAAAAAACUGCUGAAAUGUGAGAAAGUUGCUGUAAAACAAAAAAAAAAAGCAAAAAAAAAAGGUUUCUGAAGGUUUCUCUGUGCAUCCGUAUGCUUAAAUACUGCAUUACAUCAUAAUACUGUAUCUUUUCACUGUAACAAAUUAAAGCAGAUUAGCUGUGAUCAGUUUUAGUUUAGUAACAGGUUAAAUCUAAUCAUUUAAUUGCUUUUGUAGCCAAGAACUUGUUCAGGAAUAACCUUGUAAAGUUAGCCCUUCAAUUUAGCUUCACUCUUUGUGGUGCUCUUAAAAGUUUAUUUUGCCAUUUUUGGGAAUACGCUUAUUUGCGUUCUUGCAAAAAGGUAGAUGAGAAGAUUUAUACCACUCAUGUCUAUGCGGUAAAUCAGAAGUUAGGGCCAGAAGGUGAUUAGCGUAGCUAAAGACUGUAAAUGGGUGUAUCAGCUAGUCUGGCUCUGUCCAAAAUCCCCCUACCAGCACCUCUAAAGCUCCCUAAUUGACUAGUUAUAUCUGAAAUGUAAAAACAGUUUGUAAUGUGCUGGUCCUAGUACUUCUUAAACGUCUUUCUGGCCAGCUGUUUUCACCUAGCUCAGGUGUUUAUGCUAAGCUAACCUUCCUUUAUUUAAAAUAUGCUUUCAUUAGGAGCAUCUUCAGUGAGCAAGGUUGGAUCAAUUUUUAACCACACAAAAAAAGAUACUGGACAAAAUAUCCACUGUGCUCCAUCUUCAACAGGUGCUUCAAAUGUUGUGGUAAAAACCGAGUUGGGCGGGACUGUUGUCUCUUUUAGCUGGAAAGCUGCGAAUGCUCAGAGAAACCUCACCAUAUUCUGUGUGACAUGUGCCUUUAAUUGUGGCUAGUAUCACAACCUAGACAUGGAAAUCAGGGAUGAUGAGACGUUGAUCAUGGACCAGAUGUGUAAAGGUGGCUGUUUCCUGUCGGGACAUUAUUGACUCACCCUGGAUCGUGGACCGGGUCGUAUUUUUGAGCUUCCUUUAAACUCAAAGGGCGGAUGUUAACUGCAGGGUGAUUUUGGCUCGCCAGGAAACUGCCUGCUUUAACCACCUGAUCCUUUUUUACCAUUGAUGGUGUUGUAUCCUUGUACAGUCAACAAACAAGCCUGUAACUUAUGACCGACCUGGUUCAAUUGAUCUGUAAAAUGGAUUCAGUUACUUUUGUACACCAGUGCAGCUCAUGACCUUGAGUGGCUCAUUUGAGAGCCAUUUCUCCAUACUUCUUAAAUGUCAUCUUGAGAUGCAAAAUGGUGUGACCCCAUGUAACUUUAUUCCCUAUGUCACUUUCCUUCCCGCAAAGUAGCUGAAGCAGUGAAAGGAACUGAAAAGAUUUCAGAGGUUGAGCCAGGUCUUUAAUAGAGAUCAGUGUACCUUUCUAUCUUGCGAUGCAUGUACAUCUUUAUUAUGGAUUUUGGAGACUUUCUAUAGGUUCGGACACAUCUUAAAAAAAAAAAAAAAAAAAGGAAAAAAAAGACAUAAGUUUAGUUUUUUGAAUCAGUGUUGCUUUGUUUAAUUUCUCCUUGGCCCGAGUUCAGCUGGAGUAGCCAGUGAUGAGUUACAUUUUCUGAAAACCAUCAACUUAGAGUCAUUGACACAUAAGCAACUUUUACCUUCAGAAAAUGUCAAAAGAAAUGGUUAACUAACGAGUAAUGAUUCAUGAAAUAGAAUUUUUUUUUUUUUUUUUUUUUUAAGAAGUUCAUUUCUCUUUUUAAAACAUAUUAUUGGUGUCAAUUUUCUCUCUCACUAAUCUGUUAGGACCUUUUGCUUUCACUUGCCGUUCUCACUGCAGCCAUGUAAGCAUUCUCUGCAGUGAAAUUGAAAAUGGCCUCUAUAUUGUCAAUAGAGCAUCAACAGUAUGGAGUUGCUUUGUAUUGUAAAAAAUAUACAAAAACAUGAUUGGGAAAAAAGAAGGGCGGGUUGCAUACUGUAUAUAAUGAUGUCAUUAUUUGUCUGAGAAAAGAUUUGGACUAUUGUUUCAAAUGUGCACUUAUCCUGAUAUUUUCUUUUUUUGCUGUUUAAUAUCAGUUAAAUGCUAGAGCUCUUCAUAAUAAACUUAAUGAUGUGUGAAAAAAUAGUAUCCUCUGUAGCAGGGUUGAGCCACACACAGCUGUCAUUAAAAAUGAAAUGUCCAUAGUGCUGCAGAACUUGAAAAAUAGCAUUACAUUGCAGAAAGAGGGGGAGUUAAUUGUUUAUCUGACAGGGAAAAUCCACUACAAAACCUCACACAGGAAUAUCGACUGACAUAAUGACUGAAUUUCUAUAUUGAGAUAACCAGUCAGUUCAUACAGUUCUUUACACCUGUAGGUUUGGUGGAUCUUAAAAAUAUGUAGUUCCAUCCUGAAUAGAGAACAGCAGUUGGAAUGGAUUGUAAUAUGUUUUCACAAUGUCCAUAGACAUUUCUCAUCCUACUCUUGCAGCAUAAUCCACCGUCCAAUCGUGUACUCAGUUGGUUUCAAGCAACAAAGUUAAAUAGCUCUGUUCGCAAGAUACAAACACAACUUGUGUCUUUAGCCAUGUUUCGGAAUAGAUAGAUAUUUUGGGAAAUACACUAGAGUUAGAUGAGACAAUCAAUAUCAAUUUCAUGUCUGUAACUAACAGCAAUUAGCUUAGCUUAGCCCAGCUUGGCAUAAAGACUGGAUACCUGGACAAACGGCUAGCUUGGCGCUCUCCAAAGAUCAAAAAUACACCUAUCAGCACCUCUUGGUUAUUUCAAACACCAACAGAAAUGUAAAAGCUUGUGAUAGUUCCAGCACGCAAGUUCCUGUAGAACUGCAAUUCGAUGUUUUCACAUUUCAGUUAAUUUACAGAUUCAACAAAUGAGACACAGCUUGUUAAUUAGUGACCUUUACAGGUGUAAAUAGGUGUAAUUUGAAUUUUGGACCGAGCCAGACUAGCUGUUUCCCCCUGCUUCCAGUCCUAAUUCCAAGCUAAGCUAACCCUUUUAUGGCUACUCAAUAUGCAUACAAACAUGAGAGUGGUAUUGAUUGAACUCUGUAUGUACUGUGAUUGUACUGUAAGUGCAUUUUCCAAAAUGUAACAAUUCAUUCAACUAUGUAGAGAAAGCAUAUAUUGGUCUACUUUCUAGCAUAACAUACUGUAGCUGUAGAGAAAGUUUGCCUCCUAUAGUAACUUAAGUCACCUAUGUGAAUUAUGUUUUAUGGUGGAUUUUCCCUUUAAUUUUCCGUCUCCAUAGUGAUGGAUAAUGAUGUGUGUUUUGUUUGGAUUCCCUUAACAUUUUAUUAUCCUUUUCUUUUUAACGGGUGUAAAAGUUUCAUGAGGUUAAGCCAGCAAGGUGCUAGUGGUGAGAUGUAUUUCCCAAAACCAGUUCCCCUUGAGCUGACAAAUAGAGCCACGUGCAAGUUGGAUGCAUUUGGAAGGUGUUACAGACCUCGGGGCUACAGAAGUCACUGGACUAACCUUCACAUCAGCUUUGGUGUGUCAUCCCAGAGACUAUGAUCUGCAUCUGUGGCUGUGCUUCAACCUGUUUGUCGAUGUAUUUUAUUGUGCCUCCAACCACCAGGUUUAGAGUGUAUGUUAGACUUGACUUAAACUGCUGGAAUUGAACAAACAAAAUCCGUUUAAUGGCUUAUUCAUGCUUUGGUUUGAUCUUUAGGGGCAUUACUAACAAAUUGUAAUGCUAUGCCAAGGCUUGUACUGUAGUGGAAAAUGUAAAUUUAAAAAAAAAAAGAUGUGGGAGCAGUGCUGCAUGCUGACCAUUUGGGGUCACUGAAGAAUUGGUGCUAAGGAAGCAUUUCCACAAUGAGUCUCCUAUAAAUGACUGUGACAUCAUUAUUCAAUCCUGCUGUUUUCCAGUGGCCUGCCAUGGAACCAACUAACUUAAAAUGAGUACAGUCGAGAACUCGGUCUGGUAUCUUGCCUUUGGAGAACAUUGCAAAUGCGGUCAUAUGAAGAGUUGCAUGGGAAACAUUUCCCUAGAAAUAGGUAUGUGAACCAUCUGGGAUCCCAAAGUUUAUGAGGAGGAACUAGCGUGCGCACAUUUAAUUCCCAGGAUCAAGAUGUGUACAUUUUGUUUCAUCCUGGUGUGAUUCAGCAUAAUGGCACUCUCAAGAACACUGCGUCUUGUGUUUGUUGUUUAGGCAUGACACUGUCCUUAAUGCAAUCCUCUAUCUCCGGUACAUUAGAAUAGUCCAAAACAAGUGUAAUUUGGUACUCCACAAAGUAAAAUGGCACAAAAACUGUUUACUCCUUAAAGGUGGAGUAAUGCUUCUUUAAAAUAGUGAAGCACUGUUACCUCACAUGAAACCUUUCAUAUUAAACCUGAUGACUGGUACUGUAUAUUCUGCUAACUAUUUUCACAAACAGAUGAUGUGAGGCUGUUUUCAUAAAAGCGUGCUCCAAAAUGUGUCUUCUCCUAGCUGUGUUUGUUGUCAACAGAUUAUAUGGAGGGACUGGAUUAGAAAAUGUGGCUUCAGACAUUAUUUGCAUUUUUCCAGCAUCAUUGUUGUAAAUGGACUUCUGAAAUAACAGAGUGAAAUUCAUUUUGAUUUACAGAAAAAAAGUUUUGGCAACUGUUCGGCGAAUGAAAAGUUUCAUGCCAGUCGGUAAUGUUAAUGACAUGUCUUUCUCAGCAAAUUGCUGCGUAGUAACUGACUUUUCUUGAUAUUCAACUGCCGUGAUUAUCUCGAGAGGUGUGCUGUUCUAAUGUUCUGGUGUACAGAGUGCAGUUUUUACCAGAAAGUGAAUGCUUGUGAUUUAAUCCGCAUUUGUUGUUCUUCGUCAGGCUCAACUUUGAACGAAGCAUCAGACUGGAUUAACCAAUUAUUGCUCUUAAAGCUACAACACUGUGUUGUCUUGCAAAUGUGUUCAGGGGACUGACCCAAACCACAAUCCACAAACCUUGAUUUUGACUUGAUAUCUCAAAAGUGAACAAAUACUGUCGAUGUCAAACAUGCAGUGAUAAUGCAGAAAGCACAAGAAUUUGAAACGGCGGGUCCCAGUUCAGUUAAGAAACUUUCAAUCCUUUUAACUGUAAAAGUGUCCCAUGUGACCGUUUUGCAUCUUUCCUUAACUAGUCCAGCUGGGAUUGCAACAUGGUUCAUGUGGAACCAACAUGAGAUAAGACGACCUAAAAACGUCCUUGUUGUUGCUCGCCAAUCCGCAGCAGUUAUUUAUUCGCAGAAUGUAUAUAACAUCAACAAAUACUAACUAGACUCUACUGUGGGGCUGUUCAACACUACGGUGUCAGAAGGUGAAGACACGCAGAGAAUCUGUAGAUACUUAAACCAGGGUAGUCGAAAAAGCUGUAAACCUUGUGUGCACUUUUGGGCAUUUUUUUGUUUCCUUUUGUACAUACUACUAGCAUUUAAGAUGUUUGGGUUGACAUGUCUGGUUAUAGUGCAAUAUAUUUUGUAUGCAAGCAGUUUCAAUAAAUAAAGGUUGAUCUUCCUCGGUGA